UGAAGUUUAUCAAGCCAUCAAUCAAACCGUGAGCCGGGAGAUGCAGGGGGCGAGGCAGCUGUUGUUUCGAGGAGAGUGGGUGCACGUGAGUUUUCCGUGAUCAUAUCGGAUUGGAGAGUUGGAGUUUCGAGGUUUCGAGUUUCGAGGGCACUCUGUUUGUGGCUUCGUAUACCGCGCCAGGGAUGCAGGGGGCGAGACAGCCGUGCCCUCCAACACCCACACACCCUCCAACACCCACACACCCUCCACACCUCCACCUGCGACAAUUGCAAUGCCCUUGGACGAUCCCUCCCUCUUCCGCCAAAUCAUCGGUUUCCUCCUCGUCGGUGCAUGCUGGGGCCUAACAAACUCUUUCAUCCGGACCGCACAGAACUCAUCCACUUCCGCUGCCACACCGGAUGAUCGAGUAGUGAAGAGAGCGUGGGCAGUCAUCAAGCGCCCAAGAUAUUUUGUCCCAUUAGUGAUCAAUAUGAGUGGGAGUUUUUGGUAUUACGUGUUACUCGGUGAAGCUGAUUUAUCAUACGCCGUCCCCGUAACAAACUCCCUCGCAUUCAUCUUCACCGUUCUCGGAGACUUCCUCGCCGAGUCAAAAAUUCCGAGGUGGAAUGUGGUUGUCGGGAUGGGGUUGGUCGCGGGUGGGGUUACGGUUAUGACGAGGGCGAGUUUGGGCUUGGGACGAACGGAGGGAGUAGAUUAGGGAUGCUGAGCCCUUUCGUCUUUUUUGAAAGCUGGGGGGGGUGAUACGGUAUGG